AUGCCUCCAAAUAAAGGAAAAACUAAGGAGGUGAAGUACCUUUUUCCAAAAAACUUUUUGAAUUUGUCGGACAAAUUAAGGAAGCAGUAUUAUGUACCACGUCCUUUAGUUGUUUUAAGUGGUCAAAUCGUGAUAAUUGAAGAUUUCUUUUCUGAAGCAUUAUGUGAUGAGUUAAUAAAGUCCUUUGAAGAUCAGUUGAAAUUAGAGACUACGCCGGUGGUCAAAAGUAAGGACUAUGCUACUAGAAUUAAUGAUAGAUGCUCCGUGUCAGAUUCAAAUGCUUCUACAAAACUAUGGGAUUAUAUCAGACAAAUCUUGGUGCAAGACAUAUCUUAUGAGGAUGAUGAAAUACAGGAGGUUAAACAGGAAUUUGAUUGUGCCAUUGGCCUCAAUGAUCUCUUGAGAAUAUAUAGGUAUAAAAAGGGCCAUCAUUUUAAUAAGCAUUACGAUGAAUCCGUAGAUUGCAAAAUUUCAGGACAGGCAAGCAAAACAAAAUGGACAUUAUUAAUUUAUUUAACAGGUGGUGAAGAAUUCAAUGGAGGAGGAACUAUAUUCUAUCCCGAAGAUAAGAAUAAAUCGCCUUUGAAUGUUCAUCCCAAAAAAGGAAUGGCAUUACUCCACAAGCACGGCGACGACUGCCUCAUGCAUGAAGGGGAACUUGUAAGACGAGGCGAGAAAUGGGUACUCAGAAGUGACGUUGCAUUUCCUAUAUAA